AUGGCGAUCGAGAAAUCCGCUCCUAGCAAGCUCCGGUGGGGCGAAUUGGACGAGGAUGAUGGCGAGGAUCUGGACUUCCUGCUGCCUCCGAAGGAAGUGAUUGGACCUGAUGAGAGUGGGAUUAAACGAGUUAUUGAGUACAAAUUCAACGACGACGGUAACAAGGUCAAGAUUACGACUACGACUCGCGUGAGGAAGCUGGCCAAGGCCCGCUUGAGUCGACGGGCGUUAGAGCGGAGAAAUUGGCCCAAGUUUGGCGACGCUGUCCACGAGGACGUAGGGGCUCGGCUAACAAUGGUCUCUACCGAGGAGAUCUUGCUUGAACGACCCAGGGCUCCAGGUAGCAAACAGGAAGAUAACAAGAUGGGCAGUGAUAACUUGUCUCAGCUAUCCAAAGGAGCUGUUCUCAUGUUGUGCAGAACUUGUGGGAAGAAAGGAGAUCACUGGACAUCAAGGUGUCCGUACAAGGAUCUUGCUGCCCCGUCUGAAUCAUUUGUUGAUAAGCCUCCUACAUCUGAGGCUAAUGCUCCAGGUGGAUCCACAAAGGGUUCUUAUGUCCCACCAAGCAUGAGGCCUGGUGCUGAGAGAAGUGUUGGUUCGGAUAUGCGUCGCAGGAAUGAAGAGAACUCAGUUCGUGUCACCAACCUCUCCGAGGACACACGUGAGCCCGACUUGCUGGAUCUCUUCCGCCCAUUUGGUCCGGUGAGUCGUGUCUAUGUUGCUAUCGAUCAGAAGACUGGUGUCAGCAGAGGUUUUGGGUUUGUCAACUUUGUAAGCAAGGAAGAUGCGGAGAGAGCGAUAAACAAGCUGAAUGGAUAUGGUUAUGACAACCUUAUUCUUCGUGUUGAGUGGGCUACACCUAGAACGACCUAG